UAUUAUAAUCUGUCAAAAUUAAAUUCUUCGUUAUGGCUUCCUCCUAUUCAUAUCCUGAAUUAUUUUUGGCGGGUUUUAUAUUUACCUUGCCAUUUUUAUAUGAAAAAAGUAAUGUAUUUCGAUAUUAUUUGAAAUUUUUUCUCUACUAUGCUUAUGUUUUGAUAACAUGCACGGUGCUGUUGCCCGUAGUGUUAAUAUAUCCUCGCGACGUAACAAACCUAAUAGUUGCUUCCAGAUUUUGCCGCUAUGCCUCGUACAUAGUUGGUAUAGAAUGGGAAUUGCGGGGGAUGGAACAUUGGAAUUCUGAGCAAUGCUACAUUGUGAUAUCUAAUCACCAAAGCUCCUUAGAUAUAUUAGGCAUGUUUGAAAUGUGGCCUCAAAUGAAGCGCUGCACUGUGGUGGCUAAGAGACCUUUAAUGUUUACUGGUGCUUUUGGGUUUGGAGCCUGGCUCUCUGGCCUUGUAUUUAUUGAUCGGUUGAGAACUGAGAGAGCUCGCCAACUCAUGAAAGAUGCCACUGCUAGAGUCAUCAAAGAAAAGACAAAGCUUUGGAUAUUCCCAGAGGGAGCAAGAUUUAACAAAGGCAGUAUACAGAAUUUUAAGAAAGGUGCAUUUUACUUAGCUAUUGAUGCUCAGAUACCCAUAAUGCCGGUUGUCUUCAGCCAGUACUACUUCCUAGACAGUGACACCAAGACAUUUGAACCAGGCAAGGUAAUCAUCACAACUUUACCUCCCAUACCCACAAGUGGAAUGACCCGUAAUGAUGUUGAAACAUUAUCAGAAAUGGCCCGUCAACAAAUGAUUGAGGUUUUUCAUGAGAGCUCCAAAGAUCUAGUCAUGCAAAAGAAAAUUGCAAUAUAAACAUAGCUGUAAACCCCUUGCAUUCCAUUGGUGUAAAGAAAACUUAAAAGUAUUCCCUAGAAUCUCAUCCUUGAUAAUUAAGUGCUAUUUAAAGUAUUUUUUAAAACAUUUGUUUAUUAAAAACCAAUUAAAUCGAAUGUUAGGUAUCUGGAACUUUCAUAUACUAAACCAUAAAAUGUAGAUUAUUGUGGUGGUAUCUGAAGACAAGUGCCAAUCAUUCUCUUUGAUCUAUUCCAUGAAGCCAUAAUUCCAAUUGUAUAAAAAUUAUACUUUGUUUUAUAAACUAUUUAUCUAGUCAUGUUUUUGCUUUGUUGUUUAGUCAAUUGUAUUUGUUGAAUGUAGUUUUAAGAAGGAUUAUUUCCUAUUCCUAGUCAUAAUUUUAAGUUAUACCCAUCAUUUAGUUGACUGAUAUUAUACCAAAAUGUUUGAUCUUCCUUUUUGCCCUUUUAGAAUGUUAUUCUAAAAUAUUUAUAAUGUAAGUUACUCAACAUUUUAUUACUAUUGCAUAGGUAGUAUGUAAGCUAGUCAGUGAACACCCAGAUUAUAAAUUAAUUUGUAAAAUUUGUAAUUUAUCUGCCAGUGAUACAAAAAAUUAUUAGGAUUACGUACACGCCUUAUUAUUUUCAUAGUAUUAAACGCAUCUGCAAAGAUGUUAGCUACACACGCAAAUCUGAAACUCGUAAUACUUAUUUGUGCUGUAUUUGGCACAUGUACUUAACUAAACUUUUCAGAGGUAAAUAAGCUAGCUAAGCUUCGGCUUAUGAUUAAAGUCUAGGCACGCCGCUUUUAUGAUGCGUGUAUCAAAUGUGAUAAAAAUACUAAUUUUAUCCAAGUAAUAUCGACUUUGAUUAAUUAGGUAGGUACUGGCAGCAACAAUUUUACACCCUCACUUCGCGAUCCUACCACCUUGCCUGAACCUAAUUCAGUUAGCGGUAUUAAAAUAAAACUUGUUACAAUAAAACAACGUUAGAUAAUAUUAGAUAAAUAUUUAUUUGGCUAAGCCAAUGAAUCUGUAAUGCAAUAUACUUUAUUGUUUGGGCUGUGUUUGUAAAGAUAUACAAUAAGUUUUUUAAGGUGAGGUUGUGAGCUAGAUUUUCACAUAGAUUCACCUAGCAAGAGUAUAAAUAACUUCAAAGCAAUUAAUCACUCAGUGUGAAAGCCGAACGGCAUAAUAUGUAGGUACUUUCGAGGUUUUAGUAAACAAGUCCCUGUAAAUAUAAAUGCUGCGAAUGCAUUGCCUUUUGUGUGUCUAAUGAGAUAGCAGUACAUUCGUAUUUGACAGGUCCAAUGUCAUGAGAUCGUAAACAGUAUCACAGUUGCAUUUUUUCAGAAUACACUUAGUAAUGAUACUGCAGCCAUCUCCAUAACCUAUGAAGUACCUACUCCAUACCCACAUUAUCAUCUUUUAUGACCUUAAGUGUAAACAAUCUGGACACAUGAAAUUAUAUAAAUUAGAAGAUUUUAAAGGUAAACAGUUUUCUUUUUACAUUAAAUUACUGUCUUGAUACUGUUUAUUUUUUAAGACAAAAAAAGGUAUUGUAUAAAUAUCUCAUAACCAUAUAUAAAUAACGUGAUUUUUACAGCUUGACUAAGGCAAAUAAAAGAUUUGAAGUACAUACAUAAAAUAUCAGAAAAAUAAUGUUUUUAGCAUUACAUGAUCAAAUAGUAUAUUACUUAACCCAGAAAAAAACGAAAUAAAUAAUUGCACAACA